AUGGAUAUUUCAAAGAUAUUUAGCAAAAACCGCGGAGUUAAAAAUCAAAAUUUUAAAUGGAAUUUCUCAUACAUUGGAUCAUGUUAUAAUAUUUUACUAUUUAUAGGUUUUUCAUCGUUAAGUCUUUACAAACUAUUCGGUAAAAAACUAGUUAAUGCUUUUUCUAACUCAGUAUCAGCAUCAGUGAUACUAGGAUUUUUAUAUUUAACAUUAUUGAGUACAAGCUUACUACCACUUAUUUAUGUAAGUCGGCAAAAACUGUUGAUAAGUGUUAACGAUCGAAUCAAAAAUGUCGAUGAAAUAUUAAACAAGUGCGUAAGUUAUGAAAUGGAGAAUGACUACACCAAUAAUUUAAUAUUUAUUGGAUGUUUUUUUACAUCUACUUGCGUUGUAAUAAUGAGCCUGUACUACUUUCCAUCGAUAAGCGUAUUUUUUGAAAAUAUACCAGCGUUCAUUAGUGGUGCAGUAAUCAUACAAUACGUUCAGCUACUCAUUCAAGUUAAAAAGAGAUUUGAAAGUAUAAAUUCGACUAUUUCGAGAUUGGCAUAUUUAUUGUCGAAUGAAUCUCGCACAGAAGUAUCAUAUGUCACACAAAAUUUACCGUCGCGUGAAUCUAUUUUUAAUGAUAUUAACAAUCUUAAGUAUGCUUACAUGGUAUUAUGGAAAAUUUGUCAGGAUAUUACUGAUUUCUAUGGAAUACCCAUUUUGAUUGGAAUUUUUUGUUUUGGAGUAAAAACUAUAGCUAAUGUGUACAUUACUAUUUUGUCGGCGCUCGGGAUAUUAGAUAUAGACAUUAAAUGGUAUUUAAAUGGAACACGUAUGUCAUGGACUAUUAGUCUAUUUAUAGCAUUAACUUCGAAUGUUACCACAGUGAUGAACCAGUUAUCCAAAUUUUCGAGUGAUCUUUGGUAUUUGAAGAUUAAAAUAAGUGCUUGCGAUAUUAUACCCAUAGAUCGUACGCUGUUAUCAAUUAUUACUGGUACAAUGGCAACUUAUUUAAUCAUUAGCGUCCAAUUUGCUGUUAAUUCACCAACUAAUUGA